CUGGGCGUGGCUAGGAGACUGGGCAUCUCGAAUUGUCUGUAGCACUGUACACCUUUCCCGUUAUUUCAUCUCUGAGAACAACACUUUACGAUCUGUUCUUAUUCAAUUCCUACUGAUUUCUAUAUUGUUCUGAGUAUCGAUUACAUGUGUCUUAUCAAUGGUAUUAGAGCAAUCGCUCCUGGAGUCUUAAUUGAUCGUCGCAUCAUUAUCGCAGUAGAGGAAAAGUAGUUAUCGUGAAGCUGAGAUACGAACAAACGAAAAUGGUCACAGAGCAGGCCAGAGAACAACGACGAUCAGAACUUUACGCAUUUGGUUCGCACGGACAUCUAGAGAAGCGUUCGAACCUGGAGAAGCGUUCGAACAUGGAGAUGAAAUCUGCUACGGAGAACAUCGCUGCAUCCAUGGCUGAGAUAAAUGAACCGCUUCAAACCAGAGGAAGAUCGCACUCGACUUAACAUCGGCGAACUAAGGAUUCGGAGCAUCUAGCUGCGUCGGAAGGUAAUUCCGAUCACUAUCGCUCUAGUAUAGGCCGCGAUAGCAGUAGAUUAGAAAUUCGGACGGGAAUAAAGGUUGAAUUACCGUUGUUUAACGGGGAUGAUGCUGACAGAUGGAUUGUUAAGAUGGAAGAAUAUUUCCGCCUCAAAGCUACUGCUGAAAAAAAUAAGUGGUAGUAGCAGAAGGUGCGAUGGAGGAAAGAGCCUUAGCCUGGUUUCCAUGGUGGAAUACUCAAACGAGAGAGAAGAGUUGGAAGGUUCUAAAGAAAGCCAUAAAUAGGCGUUUCCAAAAACACAGUCGGAAGACAGAAAAACAGGAUUUGUGAUCGCCAAUAUCUUCUUCUAGUUUGCAAUCUUCUCCGCAAGCCGUGUCCACAGGUUCGCAGACUUCGUCAUACACCAGCAGCUUACUUCAAGGUACAACGCAAUCAGAAGAAGGAGCUUCCAGUUCGCCCUUGCUGUCUGAGUCGCAAAAGUUUGGCAAUCCACAGAAACCUCUCUCAGAGGAUACACUCAUAGAUAAUGAUGAAGGACGAGAGGAGAAAUCUGCUGGGGUGAAUCAAUUCUGCACUACCCUGGAAUGUACUAUGGGAGGUCCGAUCAUUAUAUUACUGAGCUUCCGGUGGACAGAACUCAAAGUUCUGAUAUACCUGCAGCUAGAGUUACAAAAGUUGUUCAGAAGGAAAUCUUUGUUGACAUUGGACAAGAAAAUGAAUCUCAAGACACUUCGUAUACAGUUUCUAUAAAUGGAAUUAAUAGAGUAACAAGAGAUGCAGGCUAUCCAAAUCGGGACAGCUCAAAUUCUUCCUUGGCUGAAAAUAAUGGACAUGGUGAAUUGGUUGGGAGUGUGGUAUGUUAGCUACUGAUCUGCUAACUGCAGUUCAUGAAGUCUCAGAAGGAACUGCUAUACCUUGGCAGUGCAACUUAAGAGCUGCCACUGCAUUUAGGAGGACCUUGAAGGAAGGGAUGUGUGUGAAUAAGGAGGAAACUGAGGAAAUAAAAGAGGACAAUGAUGGAAAGAAGCUUCAGGGAAUCAUCAACGCAUAUAUUGAUGCUACCGAGGAUUGUGGAUUACAUCCGAGCUCUGAAUCAAACUCCAGUUAUCAGGUUGCACCAAAGAGGAAGUUAGUGGGGCAUCUUACUGUUUUAAGUAAAGAGGUUAAGAUUGCCAAUAUUAGAAUACUUGCUGGUGGUUCAGAACUAAAUAUGUCGGCAGUUCAAUAUGUUAUCCUUUUGGUACUAAUAAGGGAACAUGCACACAGGUUAGAGGCUGAAGAGAAAGCCCAUACACAAGAGCAAAAGAAUGCAGUCAACCUGUAUAUUCUUUAUGCAAAGGAUGCCUCGGAUGGAGCUCAUUGGCAGAACUUGAAUAAAAGUUUGCAUCGAAAGUAUGAGGCAGUCCAGGAAAUAGAAGUUGAUAUUGUUUCUUACCUUGAAAGAACUGCUGGAUUUGAAGAGAAGCAGAAUGUGAGUUUUGCAUGUAUAAUGAUGAAUGAUGAAGAAGUUAGGAAAGAUGACGGUUGGUCACUUGUGUAUCUAUCGUAUGGAUGUGAACAGGGGCGGAGCUAGGGGGUGCCCAUGCUAGGCUUUGGCCCACCCCAAAUUUGAAAAAUGUCAAUAUUUUUAGUGUAAAAAAUUUCGUGUAAAUUUUUUUCUAAUAAUAUUCUUUGUACCGGCCCAGUCUAGCCCAGUGUCCUGGCUACGCCCCUGGAUGUGAAGAACUAGACAAGUUGGGAAAGCUCCAAACUCAUGACAAUAAUGGGGUGCAUGAAGAAGCUGUGAGAAUCUUAGAGAAAUGUGGGGCUGAGCAAAUGACGAGGAAGGUUCAAGUAAUGAAGCUCCUAUUCCAGAAACCAGUGAGGUACUGGGAAGGAAGAGGCGCAAGGAUGAAGAUAAAGCUGAAAGUCCAGGCCGGUUCCUAUCACCCACCUUGAGGACAAGGUGGUUUUCCAAGGGGAGAGAUAUGAUAGGAACCCAUUAGUAUAAUAAUACUAAUACUAAUAAUAAUAUAAUAGAAGUAUAAUAAAUAAUUGUGAUAGUGUAUCAAAGGGUCUUGGGCUAGGUACUAGUUAGUAUUGGGCUGACCCGUAAGUAAGUAUAAAUAGAAGGGAGGGAGAAAUAAGAAGGCAGGUAAUUAUUCAUUUGGACUGGGCGUGACUAGGAGACUGGGCAUCUCGAAUUGUCUGUAGCAUUGUAC